AACUAAUUAUUUAUAACUCAUUUUUUAAACCACACUUUUUUACGAUUUAUUUGCGCUUCUCCAGAACUUUUUUUUUGAAUCGAAGCUCCAGUUAUUAUCAAAGCAACGCCUUCAACGUGUUGCUAUAUCGCAGUUAUCGAAAAGUCUGUUUGAGGAUUAUCUUCAAAUCUUGACCAGAUUAAACAACGUCACUUCUCUGCACCAAUCGUGUGAAAACUUUAUUGCUUCAGUUCGAGGUCAAAGAUCUAACCGAUUGUCAGACCACCAAUAAAUAAUCCUCUUAAAGUCAGGCAAUCAUCAUCAAUGGUAUGUUUUGAUACGAUCGAUCUUUGUUUUAUCGACGAAUCGCGCUUGCUUAGUUUUUGUGUACGACUGAAACCUCGGGAAUGCUAAUAUUUGAGUGUCAAAGCCCCCACUUUGGAGUUGAAUUAGAAUAAAUAUUUGAAAAAUAAAGACACUUAUCUUUUAUUAUUUGCAAGUAGAAAGACAAAAGAUCCCAAAAGCAAACAUAGGCUGUCCUAAAGUACUUUUGACGUGUUUACUCAACCCUUUCUCGAUAGUGAGUCUUUGAGAUGCUUCUAGAUCGCUCUUCAAAAGAGCUGAUAGCUAAAAACUCGAGCCUAAAAUAGAUGGAUGUUCAUUACAACUUUGAAUCAAAUCAACACAUCAUUCAUAAAUUAUCUAUAAUUUAAGCCUGACAAUCCUCAAAAACGUUAUUAUUCUGUUCAUAAACCAAAUACUUUGCCAACAUGCGACCUUGCCAAAAUUAUUCUGUACAUUGUGUUGUUGUAACAAUUUUCCUUUUCUUUGCGGGGAUCUCUCAGGGUACUGAUGAUGCAAAUUUAAGCGAAGUGUGUUUGGAUCUUACUGCAAGAACGGUUGAAGCGCUUGAUUUGCUCAGAGAUAAAUUUACAGAUGAGAGCGAAUUGAAAAACGGCUCCCAACAGGAACGAAAUAUUUCGCAACCAUAUUUCACGCAAGACGCUUUCAGCCGCUUGAUGAAAUCUGUUGGGCUGGGGCGAGGUACUAUAACAGUCAGGACUACAGAACAUCACUGGAAAAUGAUGGUGAUCAGCAAGAAAACGAAAUCGACUACUCGCUUUUACGAACACGGGGAAAGAUCUAGAAGGAAUCAUGACGACAUGGAUUCGGAAGUUAUCGCUGCCGACGAAGUUCAAGUUCACAUUGACCCCAAUGUGUUCAUCAAUGGCGACAAAUCCGAGAACCCGAAAUUGAAACCCUUCAAACAUCAGACUCAUUUCGACAUGGAUCGACAUCCUAAUGAACUAUGUCUAAACUCAAGUUCUCUUAUAGCGAAAUAUAACUUCAAACAGGAAGUCAUCACUUACCCAGAAAUGGUACAAAUGUGUCCUGAAAUACUCAACCAAAUAGCCCAAAUGGCAUGUGUGCAUCAUACAGUUGAUGUCGAAAUAGUAAUGGACGACGACUCUAAAUCAAUGUCGAUGCUACAUCGAAUCAUCUUCGCGCUGAUGAUCACAGGUGCAAUAGGCGCGCUGAGUAUUUCAGUUUCCUUUCUUCUCAAACUUUACAUCGAUAGACAUCAUGGAGUGAGCGAGGGCAAGAAUUACAAACGGGUCAUAACAUUCUUCAUAGCAUUGGCUAUUGGAACUUUAACAGGAGACGCAUUUUUGCACCUAAUUCCAGAGUCAAUGCACAGUGAAAGUGAAGAAAAAGAGCACGCUAGUCAUUCUCAAUUGGCUAAACGAAUGAUAGCUGUAGUUGCUACAGUUUAUAUCUUAUACUUCAUCGAGAAAACUCUCGAGGCAAUCAAUACAUCGCAACAGACUAAAGAAAGCGAGAAGUAUCAAGAGACAGAAACAGAAUUGAGGAGAAACUUAGGGAAGAUAUCGAUGACUUCGCAAGAAUCUGAACUUACGUCAAACCAUCUGUUGCCCGAAAAUAUCUCAGAAGAGACUCCUCGCGUUGUUUCUUCCGCAGCUCCUAUUCUUUGCCACUCUAAUGAAACCUCACCCAAAAAGGUGCAAACCAAAGACAAGUUUACAUUCGAGCAAGUUCCACAACACGAUCAUAAUGUUCAAGAAAGACCGAAGCUGACGAUGCACGAUUCAUGUAGUGGACAUAAUCAUGGUCAUAGUCAUGGCCAUAGUCAUGGAACCUCGAGGUCCAUGAUGGUCAUAAUCGGUGAUGCGUUUCACAAUUUCAUAGAUGGUCUUGCAAUCGGCUCCGCUUUCUCGUCUUCUCUCGUUGACGGUCUGGCCACUUCAAUCGCGGUAGCGCUGCACGAGAUCCCACACGAAGUCGGCGACUUUGUCGUUCUUGUCAGCAACGGCGUGAAACCGAACCAAGUGCUGAAAAUGGCGCUCAUUUCCAACACCGUGGCACUUGCAGGAGUUGGAGCCGGAGCACUGAUUGGAUCCAGUGCGUCGGAGUCCGCCUACGUUCUCUGCACGGCCGCUGGCUGUUUCAUAUACGUUGGAUUCAUAAACAUGCUUCCCCAUGCCAUUGACACUAGUGGCCCAGAUUUAGUGGUUCAAGGAGUGAUGCACGUGCUUGGUAUUCUGGCAGGACUCGCUAUCAUGACACUAAUCGCUCUCCAUGAAAGCAACAUAUCUGAUUUUGUAGAAAACUUAUUUAAUUAAAACUGAGUUUCAAUCAUGUUUAACCAGUACCUGAGUCAAACAAAAUGUCUUUUUUUUUCUA